AUGGGAUCUGGACGAGGACGCGGUGGAUCGGCCGGUAACAAGUUCCGCAUGACCCUGGCCUUGCCCGUCGGAGCCGUCAUGAACUGCGCCGACAACUCGGGCGCCAAAAACCUUUACGUGAGUAUACAUCCAUCGUACGCUGGGGAGGUAUGACAGUCGCGUGGAAGGAAACAUACGGCGAGGGAUGGGCUAGCGGAGGACGGGGACUUGAGCAGCUGCAGGACAUGAUGGGACCACACCACUGCCCGCGACGAUGUUCUGACCCUUACCUCAUCCUCUUACAUCACCAGGUCAUCUCCGUCGCUCGAUUCGGUGCCCGUCUUAACCGACUUCCCGCCGCCUCCGCCGGAGGUAAGCACCCAUUCCAGCUGUCGGCCCCAACUCGAUUCGCAUCUUGACGCAGAGAAACUCGCCAUCUCCCCUCGCAUUAAUUCAUGCAGACAUGGUCAUGGCUACCGUCAAGAAGGGUAAGCCCGAUCUCCGAAAGAAGGUCCACCCCGCCAUCGUCGUCCGUCAACGCAAGGCAUGGCGCCGUCGCGACGGUGUCUUCCUCUACUUCGAGGACAACGCCGGUGUUAUUGGUCAGUCUCGAGUUUUGGAGGAGUGAAAGCGGGAGUGAAGGACGGGAUGCUCAUUCUCGUCUUGCGUCCGUUCGUUUGCAGUCAACCCCAAGGGUGAGAUGAAGGGUUCGGCCAUCGCUGGUCCGGUCGCCAAGGAGUGCGCCGACCUGUGGCCCCGUGUAAGUCCAUCUCUUUCGAACGCAAAAUCACGAGGUCACACGAUACUCAUCCCACCUAUUCGCCUUCACAGAUCGCUUCCAACGCCUCGACCGUCAUCUAA